AGGCUAUGACGUGAAUUCCCUAAUUUUAGGCCUUACACAGACGAGCGAAUUAGUGGAGUGUUUCCAACUAGAUGUGAGAGAGAUUUUACUACAUAUCGCCGCUUUAAGACUGUUCUAUUACCAUUUUAAGUAGUUAGAUAAUCAGCAAAUCAAGAUGUGGAAGAUUUUUGGUGGAAAAAGUAAGGAGCAACCGCCAACAACUCAAGAGGCGAUUCAGAAAUUGCGAUCCACAGAGGAAAUGUUGACGAAAAAGAGUGAAUUUUUAGAAAAGAAAAUCGACGGAGAGACAGAAACAGCAAGAAAACUUGCUUCAAAAAACAAGAGAGCUGCUCUUAUGGCAUUGAAGAGGAAGAAACGACUCGAAAAACAACUGCAGCAAAUCGAUGGAACAUUGUCUACGAUUGAGUUUCAAAGAGAGGCGCUGGAGAAUGCUAACACUAACACCGAAGUGCUUAAAAAUAUGUCGUAUGCUGCAAAAGCAUUGAAAUCUGCUCAUCAGCAACUUGAUGUUGAUGAUGUGCAUGAAAUGAUGGAAGACAUUCAGGAGCAGACAGAACUUGCAGAUGAAAUAUCUAGAGCCAUAUCAGAACCAGCAGGCUUUGGAAUGGACAUUGAUGAGGAUGAAUUGAUGAAUGAACUUGAAGAACUUGAACAAGAGGGACUGGAUGAACAAUUGCUAGAGGUUGGUGGAACAAGCAAUCUGCCAAAGGUUCCUGAUACAGAGCUUCCAGCUGCUCCAGCCAAAGCCAAGACUAAAGCAGUAGCAGAAGAUGAUGAUUUGAGAGAACUUGAGGCGUGGGCCUCUUAGAUUCUGUUAGCUUAAAUCAUUUAAAAUUUUUUCAUGUUUUGUAUAGGACAGUCUUCUAAUCACUCUUUCCAAACUCAACAUAUCAUUUGAGUUGUGAUUACUUGCUAUAUGCAUAAGACAGUCAACUAUUUUCCCUAACCUUUUUCAGUUUAGGCACUUAUAACUAAAGCUCUUGAAUUACAAUUCCUGGUAUGGUAUUCUAUAGCUUGGCCAAAAUCAAUGUUUAAUGAAAUCUUCAUUGCAGUGAACACCCUGUAACAAUGAACAGAGCGAUUAAGCUUGGGUUGAAAACUUGUUUAGGUAUAUAGCAAGAAAGGUCAUAGAUGUUUAAAUAUUGUAUAUCAAUAUCUUAAAAUGUUUAUUUUUCCCAACUGUCAGUAAAAAUUAAUGGGUUGAUACCAUUUUUCAAAUUGAUGGAACACCAAGUACAUGACUGACUUUUCCUUCCUUAUCAAUAAUGAUCUUGAUGCCAAGACAUUUGUGAUCUGUUUGACUAGAUACAGAGUUUCUCCCACUAUUAAUUCCUUGUUCACUACUCUCUUCUUGAAUAAACAACACUGACAAACAAAAUAAAAACUGGUUGACAUCCAAUGCCUUCUAGCACAGUGUUAUCCAUGAACUCAACAGUAACCCCACUGCUUACCUCAUAACUGCACUCUUUACCUUUGGGUGAUGAGCAGAAGAAUGCAAGCUUAUAAGGAGAUAAAGAGUGGUCAUGUCAUAAACAUUACCCAAAAGCUUCACUACUUCUUGCCAGCAUGAAUAUUUUACCGAUCUAACCUCUAUAACAAUAAUUAGGAGUGUGUGGUAUUGGCAUAGGCCCAUCCUUAUUCAGGAGUGCAUAGGAAUGAGCCACUGGUGGUAAUGUUAUUAAAUUAUUUUUAAUUCCUGUGUCAAGGAUUAAUUCAAGGCUGUCCAUAUACAUAUACAUGUGGUAAUGUUACUCCUGUUGAAAUCUAGGUGUACAUCUGUUUUCAAGGGAAGCAGUUGUACGUGUUUUUUUUAAUAAGGGUUAAAAGAUGGGUUGAACCUGUAGCAAAUAUUACAUCAUAAAUUUAUUUUACCAAGCACUGUUUUUAAGGUUGACCGAUCAAAAGAAACUAUUUCGUGUACAAGUUGUAAUUAAUUAUAGUUUGGUUUGAAAUUAGCCAUCAACACACUGAAGAUGUUAACAUAAUAGUUUGUAAUUUCUAGAUUUUUGCACCCAUUAGUGGAAAUUAAAAGAUUUUAAAUGAAUUCUGUUUUGCACAGGUGAUAAUCAGUUGCACACUCAGUAUUUAUGUAACUAAUUUCUUCCAAAGAUGUCUGUAAUAAAAGCAUCUGAAUUUGUUGACUUUAA